AUGUUCUACGUCAAGCAGUUAGAACAUGAAAUUGUUCUAACGCCGGUUCACUUUGGACCCAAACUGAAGGCUACCAUUGUCCGCUUACUGAAGGAAGAAGUAGAAGGGCUUGCGCUUGCCAACUACGGAUAUGUGGUCAAUGUCAUUGAAGUCCCAGAAGAUCAGAUCAAGUCUGGAAUCAUCGAGUACGAUUCGGGUGAUGUUGUGUUUACUGUCAAAUACACAGCUUUGCUAUUGCGCCCGUUUAUCAAUGAGGUUUUGGAUGCAGUGGUCACCCAAUGCAAUGCGCUCGGAUUCUUUGCCUUUUGCGGUCCUCUCCGUAUUUUUGUCUCCAAGCAUUCCAUGCCUGAAGAAAUGUUCAAUGGAUUUGAUGGGAGUAAAGAUGCAUGGAUCAGUGACGAUAAAGAAGUAGUAAUAUCAUCUGGGUGUGGUGUGAGAUUAAGAAUCAAGGGAAGAACUGUGGAACAAGGCAAUAUUACGGCAAUUGGAACUAUCAAGGACAAUUAUCUGGGACAAAUCGAUGAUGGUGAAACGAUGGAAUCAUAA